AUGGGCCGCCACGCCCGCCUACUUUGGCUGCUGUUCUUCCACGGUGUGAUUCUACCUGAAGCAGCUUGCUACAGGAGGGACAUCAGAGGAUCUGGAGCAAAGUUGGGGAAGGAAAGGCCUAAGAGAACCAUUCAAGACAUGUCUGUGGAAGAGCAAGAAGGGAAUGGCCAGGAGCCAGUGGCGAGGCCCCAAGGUGAUGGAAAUUCAGCAACCAUAUUAUCAGUUCUGCCUGCUGCUGUCUCAACUCAGCCAUCUUCUAAACUUGCUUCGAGUUCCUCUGCAUCAGUUCUUCCUGUGGUUGACGCAGCACCUGCUAGUCGAAGAGCGCCUGUGCCCAGGCUCGGCCUCCAAGGUGCUGACGGCUCACCAGACCACACUCCAGCAGCAGAUCCCGAGUCAUCCAAACCAUCAGGAGGCUGGGUCCCUGUGCGGCUGGCAGGCAACCAUGGGAGAUGUGCGGGCCGUGUAGAACUCUUCUACCAGGGAGUCUGGGGAACUGUGUGUGAUGACCUCUGGGACCUCCCAGAAGCAAACAUCAUCUGUAGGCAACUGGGGUGUGGCUGGGCUGUUUCAGCCCUGAGUGAAGCUUACUUUGGGGAAGGUUCUGGGAAGAUUCUCCUUGACAACGUGCGUUGCAAGGGACAUGAAGAGCACCUGGAGGAAUGCUCCCACAUUGGCUGGUUCUCCCACAACUGUGAUCACAGUGAAGACGCCAGUGUCAUCUGUUCAGACACUGAAUAUGUAACAAGGUCUCUACCAGAUGCCCCAUUUGCUGCCGUGAAAGAAGCAACAGUGGUUCCAGGAAGAUCUCCUUGUGGUGGUGUUAUUACCAAUGCUCCUGGAAAAAUUAAGAACCCCCCAAUGAGUGAAAUGCAUGACAACAUAACCUGUGUGUGGGAAAUCAGGGCAAAUGCCUCUGACCGUGUAAGACUGGCAUUCCCGUCUCUUGAACUUGACUGCACCAAUGAGUAUUUUGAAAUCCUGGAUGGCCCUCCAUCUUCCACGGAGUCCCUGGGGAAACCCUGCAGUGGGCUGCACAUCACCUUUGCAUCCCACUCAAGCUCAAUGACCCUUGUGUAUUUCCGAGGCAUGAACAACAUUGGGAAAAAUUUCAUGGCUUAUUAUUAUUUUGAAGCCAAAGAGAUGACAUCGAAGACCCCAUAUUUGAUCACCAUCCCCACAGCAACUUCCAAGACGGUAACAGAAAGACCAAGGGAUUGGCCAGAGCUGAGGCUGGUGGGUGGCUCCAAUCGGUGCUCAGGGCGUGUGGAGAUCCUCUACCAGGGAGUCUGGGGCACCGUGUGUGAUGACCUGUGGGACCUGAAUGAAGCUGAGGUCGUAUGCAGACAGCUGGGGUGUGGCCAGGGUGUGUCUGCUCUUGGCAAGGCCUACUUUGGCCCUGGUUCAGGAGAUAUCUUCCUAGACAACUUCCAGUGUGCUGGGGUGGAGCACUUCCUGGGCCAGUGUGCCCAUUCGGGCUGGAAAGACCACAACUGUGGCCACCAUGAGGAUGCUGGUGUCAUCUGCUCAGAUGCUGAAAAACCUCUGUUGGAUGUUCCAGGAGACUGGCCAGAGCUUCGCCUGGUGGGUGGCUCCAACCCGUGCUCAGGACGAGUGGAGGUCCUUCACCAGGGAGUCUGGGGCACUGUGUGUGAUGACUUGUGGGGUUCAAAUGAAGCUGAGGUUGUAUGCCGCCAGCUAGGGUGUGGUCAGGCUAUUUCUAGUCUUGGAGAGGCCUACUUUGGCCCAGGCUCAGGAGACAUCUUCCUGGACAACCUUCAGUGUUCUGGGAUGGAGCACUACCUUGGCCAGUGUCCACAUUCAGGAUGGUCGGAACACAACUGUGGUCACCAUGAGGAUGCUGGUGUCAUCUGCUCAGAUUCCGAUGGCCUCCCUCCACCCAUGCCGCCAGGUCCUCCUCCAGUUUCUCAGGAUCCAAUAACAGGAGGAAGUAACUCUUGUGGAGGGGUCAUUUCCAGUCUCUCUGGUUCAUUUUCCAGUCCACGGUACCCAGAAAACUAUCCAACAGACAUCCAAUGUGUUUGGGAGAUCCAUGUGGAGAAAAACUUCCGCAUAGAGCUUAUGAUUCCGAAUUUAAAUCUGGAAGAUAUCCUUGGAUGUCCCUAUGACUCAAUUGAGAUCUUCGAUGGCCCCAGAAUUGCAUCACUCUCCAUGGGGAAGUUCUGUGCCCCAUCAGCUGUGGUAUUUUUCUCUUCCUCGGACAUCUUGACAGUGGUGUUCCGAAGCGAUUAUAUGACAACAAAUACUGGGUUUUAUGCUUUUUUCAAUGCAAUUUCACAAGAUCGAAGUGAGUCAGAAGACCGACCAGCGCUGCGGCUGGCAGGCAGCUCCGGACAGUGCUCGGGACGCGUUGAGGUCCUCCAUCAGGGGGCCUGGGGCACCGUGUGUGAUGACUUGUGGGACAUGAAUGAAGCUGAGGUCGUGUGCAGACAACUGGGGUGUGGCCAUGCCAUCGCUGCUCCUGGAAGUGCCUACUUUGGCCCGGGCUCUGGAAACAUCCUCCUGGACAACAUUCAGUGUUCAGGAAAGGAGAAGCACUUUGGCCAGUGCCCCAGCUCUGCCUGGUUAGACCACAACUGUGGCCACCAUGAGGAUGCGGGAGUUAUCUGCUCAGAUGCAGAGGUGACUCCUUCACCCACAGAAGGAAGUAAUUCUUGUGGAGGAGUAAUUUCAAGUCACUCGGGCUCCUUCUCCAGUCCCUGGUAUCCUACGAACUACCCCACUGACAUGGAAUGCGUCUGGGAGAUACAUGUGGCUGAGAAGUUCAACAUAGAGCUGACGAUCCCAAGCCUGAAGCUAGAAGACAUCUACGGGUGCCCUUAUGACUUUGUCGAAGUGUUUGAUGGAAAGCAAGUUGCCUCACUGUCCAUGGGCAAAGUCUGUGCUGGGGCAGAACUCACAUUCCUCUCCUCUUCAAACUCCAUGACAGUGGUGUUCAAGAGUGACGCCAUGAUCACCAACACAGGGUUCUAUGCUCUGUACAACACUGUUCACCAAGAUGAAAAGCAGAAUGGUAUGGCCUUGAGACUGGUAAAUGGCAGCCACAGGUGUGAGGGCCGAGUCGAGAUCUCUUACAAUGGUACCUGGGGUACAGUGUGUGACGACAGCUGGGACCUGACAGAUGCCAGGGUGGUGUGCCAGCAGCUGGGCUGUGGUAAGGCCUUGUCAGCCCCAGCUGAGAGCUACUUUGAUAGAGGCGUGGGCCAUAUCAUGCUGGACGAUGUGCAGUGCAUGGGGGAUGAAGCCAAGGUGUGGCAAUGCACACAUCACGGAUGGUUCUCCCACAACUGUGGGCACCAUGAGGAUGCCAGCGUGGUCUGCUCAGGCACUAACGCCUAUUACAGUUGGCAAGAUGGUGGGACUGAACUGCUGCAGAGGUGUGGUGGUUUGCUCACAAAUAGUUCAGGCUCCUUCUCCAGUCCUUGGUAUCCUAAAAAAUAUCCCACCAGUGUGGUAUGUGCCUGGGACAUACGAGUGGACACUAGUGCUCACAUCAGACUCACCUUUGAAGUGGUCAAGAUGGAAAACUUCUAUGGCUGCCCUUACGACUUCAUUGAGAUUUUUGAUGGCCCACAAAGUGAAUCAUUUUCACUGGGGAGAUUCUGUUCAGAAACAAUCCCAGUAUUUACAUCUUCUUCGAGCCACAUGAGCGUGGUGUUCCACAGUGACGACAUUGUCACCAACAUUGGAUUCUAUGCAUCUUAUGAGUCUCUGUUACAAGAUGAGAAAGACAGAGAUGUGGCACUCAGACUGGCCAAUGGCAGCCACCCAUGUGAAGGUCGUGUGGAGCUCUACUACAACAGCAGCUGGGGUACUGUGUGUGACGACAGCUGGGACCUGAGAGACGCCCAGGUGGUGUGCCGGCAGCUGGGCUGUGGUGGAGCUGUGGCAGCCGCUGGCCGGGCACAUUUUGAGCGAGGCCUAGGCCCCAUUGUCCUGGAUGAUGUGGAGUGUAUGGGAAUGGAAGCCAGACUGUGGCAGUGCCUGCACGGUGGCUGGUUUGCCCACAACUGUGGCCACCAUGAGGAUGCUGGUGUCAUCUGCUCAGCCUCUCUGUCUCACCCAGCACCGUCAUCUCCCGUGAGUGAUACGAUUUUAGCAUCAUUGGUAAAGCAGCCAGAGGUGUCUGCAACAACAGGUCUGGACCUGCGGCUGGUGAAUGGGACAAGCAGGUGUGAGGGCCGAGUUGAGGUGUACUAUGCCAACACCUGGGGCACCGUGUGUGAUGACAACUGGUCCAUAGAGGAUGCCCACGUGGUCUGCAGACAGCUUGGCUGUGGUCCAGCUUUAUCUGCCCUGCCAGGCACCAGUUUUAGCCCUGGGUCAGGCAGCAUCCUCCUUGAUGAUGUCAACUGCACAGGAAAGGAGUCUUCCUUGGCACAGUGCCCUCACAGCGACUGGCUCACCCACAACUGUGGGCACCAGGAAGAUGCUGGUGUCAUCUGUGCAGAUUCUGCAGCUGCCGGACAUUCAGCUACUUCAGCUCCUGAGGGACAUCCACAUGGUUUCCAUCCAAUAGAUCUGCAGCUGGUGAGACUGGUCAAUGGGAACAGCCAGUGUGAGGGCCGUGUAGAAGUCUACUUCAAUGGGACCUGGGGGUCUGUGUGUGAUGAUCUUUGGAGCAUACAGGCUGCCCAAGUGGUAUGUCAACAACUGGGCUGUGGGGUGGCCCUGGCGGCCCCCAGGAGCAGUCUGUUUGGCGAUGGUUCUGGCCCCAUCUUCCUAGACGAUGUGAAGUGCUUGGGCACAGAGACCAACCUAGGGCACUGCCGCCACCUCGGCCUGUCUGUGCACAACUGUGAUCACCAUGAGGAUGCAGGAGCCAUCUGUUCAGCUGUUAGCGUUGCCUCAGCUUUGGCAGAAGUGGCUCCCUCAGUUGGCCAGCUCAUGAUCAGGUUGGUGGAUGGAAAGAACCGCUGUGAAGGCAGAGUGGAAGUCCACCACAAUGGCACAUGGGGCACUGUUUGCGACGACCUUUGGGGAAUCGAGGAUGCCCAUGUGGUAUGCCGGCAGCUGAACUGUGGGGAGGGUGUCAGCGCCCUUGGGAGUAGCCACUUUGGAGAGGGCGUGGGGAGCAUCUUCCUGGACGAUGUGCAGUGCCAGGGCAGUGAGACCUCGCUGGGCCAGUGCCAACACCAAGGCUUGUCUGUCCACAACUGUGGCCACCAUGAAGACGCCAGUGCCAUCUGCUCAGCAGCAGCCACAGAAAUGACAACGUCACCCGGUAAUAUUUCUUUCUUUACUGUUUUCUCUAAAACAGUUCCUACCUCAAGUCCAGCUGCAGCUUUUGUCCUUGCAACUGACAUCGCUCCCACUCCAGUAGAAGUAACUCCUCCCCGUGAUAACGGCCUCUGCCCGCCACAGUGCACAGACAUGUCUUUAAUCUCAGCAGAAGAGGAGGCCUCCUCUGACACAUCUUCAGCCUCAACAGAAUCAAGCCCUCUGAAUGAUGCAGCUUCGGUCUCAGCAGAAGAGGAGACACCCUCUGAUGCAUCUUCAGCCUCAGAAGGAGAGGAAACAUCCUCAGACAUUUCUUCAACCUCAGCAGAAACAAGUUCUUCAAAUGAUGCCUCUUCAGCCUCAGCAGAAGAUGCCUCCUCUGAUACAUCUUCAUCCUCAGCGGAAGUGAAGAGUGGAGAGACAACUGGUAAAGCAUCUUGUUCUCUGGAUUUAUACACAGAUGCAUCUUCAGCCUCAGCAGAAGAUACCUCCUCUGAUACUUCUUCAGUCUCAGCUGAAUCCAGCUCUCCAACUGACGUUUCUUCAACCUCAGAAGAAUCAAGCUCUCCAAAUGAUGUAUCUUCAGCCUCAGCAGAAGAGACUUCUUCAGAUGCCUCUUCAGUCUCCACAGAAGAUACCGCCUCUGGUACUUCUUCAGUCUCAGCUGAAUCCAGCUCUCCAAAUGAUAUGUCUUCAACCUCAGCAGAAGGGAAGAGUGGAGAGCGAAGUGAUGCAUCUUCAACCUCUGCAGAAGAGACAUCUUCUGAUAUGUCUUCAACCUCAGCAGAAUCGAGCUCUAAAACUGAUACAUCUUCAUCCUCAGCAGAAGAGACAAGCUCCUCUGAUACUUCUUCAACCUCAGCAGAAGCGAGCUCUCCAAAUGAUAGUUCUUCAACCUUAGCAGAACCGACCUUUCUAAGUGCCACAGUUCCAACUUUGACAAAAGUGACCCUGCCACCUGACUUGCCUCUGCGCCUGGUAGGCGGGCGAAACCGCUGUGAGGGCCGGCUGGAGGUGCGGCACCAGGGGGUGUGGGGAACCGUAUGCGACGAUCGCUGGAACAUCAAGAAUGCCCGAGUUGUGUGCCGCCUCCUGGGCUGCGGCCAUGCUCUGGGCGCUCCUGGCAGAAGCCACUUUGGGGCAGGCACAGGCCCCAUCCUGAUGAAUGAAGUGCGCUGUUCCGGCAGAGAGGACUCUCUGGAGAGCUGUGCCCAUGCUGGCUGGAUAAGGCACAACUGCCACCACUAUGAGGAUGCCAGUGUGGUCUGCGCAGGUCCAGCUGACUCUCUUGUGCCCCAGGAUAACGCUCAGCUGUCUUGUUUGCCUCACCUCUUCCAAGCCGUCAUUGACCGAGGCUACCUCCGGAGAUUAGGCUACUCCUCCUGGGACAUCCACUUAAAUGAUAAGAUGUGCCGCCCCCAAGUCACUGGGCGUUACCUCAUCUUCAAUAUUCCUUAUGGCCACUGUGGCACCGUGAGGCAGGAGCAUCAAGGCUCUCUCAGCUACUCUAACUCCAUCAGAGGCAGAACGCAAGGCCACCCUGGCCGAGUCAUUGUGAGGCACAAGGUGCCCCAGGUGAAGUUCACCUGCAAAGUGGAUGGCCAGUCUGCAGUUGAAAUUGUGCAUGGAAGUGACACACAGAAGGAUGAUGUCAGCUAUGAUGUGUCGAUUUCAUUUCUCCAGUCACCUGUAUCUCAGGAUAUGGGGGUUGGAGCUCCUGCUUAUACCCAUCAGAGGGAAGAGGUCUUCCUCCAGGCCACCCUCCAUAGCCACGAUCCCAAUCUGAGGCUCAUUGUGGAUACCUGUGUGGCUUCUCCUGACUCCAGUGAUUUCACAACUGUCAAGUACGAUUUGAUCCAGGAAGGGUGCAUCAGAGACAAAUCCUACUCCAACCUCCAUGCCCCUGGGAAGAACGUGGCCCAGUUCAAGUUCAACGCCUUCAGCUUCCUCAAAAGCUACGAUGUGGUCUACCUGCAGUGUAAGGUUGCCGUUUGCCGAAUCGGGGACCACUCUCCCCGAUGCUCACAAAGCUGUACAAAACGAGGAAGGAGAGGCACAGGCUCUGCAGAGGUCAGGGAAGAACAAACUGAGUAUUUCCGAACAGUGGGGCCGCUGAAGAUCCACAGAGCAGAUAAUCAGAGCAAGGCCCUGGUGUGAUCACUCUGACUCUCAUAUGAGUGUGUCAGAAAACUGGAAGCAAGGUCUGUUUCUUACCAGGAAGCAAUGUUUAGUCACUCAGAAGCCAGACAUUGACCACACCAUCUACACUACCCAUUCAGAUGGGUGGAAGAACCCAAGAGAUUGCUUCUCUGGGGCUUGUUACUAAGUAAUCUCUGAGCACUAACUUCUAACGCAGUUGCCCUGUUUGUAGGCAAGAAAAAGAAAAAAAAAAGAAUGCUGAUUUUGUUAUUCACUCUCAAGAACUUGAUCACUGUCUUAAAAUGUACAAAAUAUUAGAAAAAACAGGG